AUGAAGGGCAAAGUGUUUGCUGUAACUGGCGCAGGCUCAGGAAUUGGUAGAGCCACCGCUGUCCGGCUCGCUGAAUUAGGGGCAAGAGGCAUUGCUCUCAGUGACCAAGACGAGUCAGGUUUGGUGGAAACGCAGAAGUUGUGUAGCCAGUACUCAGCAGAAGUCAGGAUCACCAGAGUCGACGUUAGUAAUGCCGAACAGGUUCAUGUUUGGCUGAAGGACACGAUGGAAAUAUUUCAAAGGCUUGAUGGAGCUGCCAACAUUGCAGGCAUGGCAGGAGGGGACGGUCAAAGCACUGAGUCGAUUGACCAAGCAGCGUGGGAAAAAAUGCUGGCGGUCAACCUCACAGGCGUGAUGAUUUGUAUGAGAGCUCAGCUCCAGCAUCUUAUUAGGCCAGGAGGGGCCAUCGUCAACGUUUCAAGUACUUCGGGGCUCCGAGGUUUACCUAACAAUGCAGCAUACGCAUCGAGUAAGUUUGGGGUGAUUGGCUUGACUGAAUCCACGGCUGCAGAGUAUGGCAAGCAAGGAAUCAGAGUAAACGCUGUUCUACCAGGCCCGAUCGACACCAAGAUCUUUCGUGAGGGGGAAGCAAAGGGUCUUUUUAACGCGGACAUUGUGAGUGCUGGUACUUUGAUGGGGCGAAUGGGCCUGGCAGAAGAGGUGGCCAAAGUAAUUGCUUUCUUACUGAGCGAUGAUGCCUCGUACGUUACGGGCGCACGGUGGACUGUAGACGGUGGGUAUUCGGCAUGCGGUUUCUACAGGGCAGGCUGA